AAUAUUUUGUUGAUGUUGUAGAUUAAAAAAAAUUUACAGAUGUAAAGUAUAAAAAAGUUAUAAAUAAAUUAGUCAUUAAAUAUGUUGAAGGUAUUUAAAACGUUUUGCAUCAAUUGAAAUGACAAUUAUAGCAAUGGCGCUUUCAGCCGUAAGCAAACCUGAUGAAAAGUUGUAUAAUAUGUUAGGUGGUGGCAAAUUGUUGAUUUCAGUCAUCUUUCUGGGCUUUGCAAUUGUUUUUAUUGUGUUAUGGGCUAAAAGACACAUUCUUCGACUCUACUUAAUAAACAAUAAAGAUCCUGUCAAUCGAGCUGGUUAUUGUGCACCAAAGGAAUUGCGAAAAGAAAUUGAAAAUAACUUUAAUAAAAUUGCUGAAAUGAGACUAGAACCAAAACUGUUGUGUGACCAAGGACAAUAUGAUUUAUCUUAUUCAUCAAUCAAUAAUGAAAAAGAUGAUAGAAGUUACAAAUUUCGAAGGAAAGCUUUUGAUUUAAUGAGUUGUUUAGAUGAACUUCUUUCUCGAGUUAAUAUUAGCCUUGCUCGCAAACCUUUUCAAACUGUUCGGCAACAACUUUUGUUAUUGCAAGGUCCUCCUUAUUCACCAUUUGAUGGUUAUAGUGAGUUGUGUGAGCUUGUGACACAUUUGUAUGAGCAUGCACGAUAUGGUGCUAAAGAGUUUACAGAAGCAGAUUAUAUAAAAUAUUCUAAUGGGGUUGAUGAGCUGUAUGACAGAGUUCAUCAAAAAUUUCCUGUUCCUGGAAGUCUGGUUAUAAAUUGUGAGCACCAUGAUGUGAAAGAUUCAACUUUAACAUCUGGAAUCAUCGAAGAUUCAUUAAGUCAAGUGAUUGUGCCAUCAGCCCUUGUAGAAAAUAAAGCAAGUAGUAUGCGCUUUCGUGAUAAUAGUCGAAAUCAAAUUAUUUAAAUCUUUUUUUUUUCCUUUUCGAAAAGUAUAACCUAAAUAUAAAAUGUAUUUCCUUUAUAAUUUUUUUAUAAAUAAAUUGUUAGUAAUUAUUAGUAUAAUUUAUUCAGAAUGUCCGUUAUCUAGAAUCUACCACUUAGUAUUGAAAUGUAAAAGAUAUUAUAAUAAUAGUUAAUUUAA